AUGGUGCCCGAUCAGAAAGAGAGUAACGAUUUUGAGAGUCCUUCCAUUGGGUUGACCAAGAUGACGAAUGCGAACCUUGUUUCGGAGGAGGAGUUUGACGAUGAGUCACUGGCUUCGCAAGGAGCAGACGAGACUUCCGCGAGUAGCAAUGGCAAGACUACGAUGACCCUGGCUCACGAUGAAGACCGUGCUGUGUGGCGUCUCAAGUGGGCUGUAGUGACACUUCUGUACACUCACCAGGGACAAACCCAAGUCUAUCCCUUGUGGCCCUUUGUCAUGCUUCCCGGACGCAGCUUUCACUACCUGGCGGAAAAGGCUGCUGUACUGGCGGAUACCAUGUCCAUCAGCAUUGCACACAUUGGCACAAUGGACCAGAAAGAGGCAUGGAAGAUGUACAUCAAAGAGAACCGCGACUGGUUGCCCGAGGCACAGGCGGCUAUGAACGGAAUCUCACUGGAUCAAGCAUGGAACGAGUCCAUCUCCAUCCCAGGCGAGAUUAUCAAUCUGGACAAGCAGCCUCCCUAUAUGGUCACCAAUGAGAUGGGACCAUAUGGCGUAAUGUGGCAGAACUACCCGGCUUACAACCACCACAUGUACUCCUUCAACCUUCUCUCCCAUCCUCAUUACCACGAUAACAUCAAACUGGUUGUGGCCGAAGGGUGCCCUGGCUGCCAUCCUCAGCAGCUACGACUUUAUGGACCUGGAAGUGGCUGCCAAAGAUCCUCGAAAGAAAAUGCAUGA